UCUGUCUUUCUUUUGGCUGCGAGUGGGAGAGGCUAGCGGAUCUGCCUCUUAUUUUAAUUUUUUUUUUUAAACCCUUGUUCAGAGUCGGAGUGAAGGGCCGCUCCGUAGAUGGCCAGCUUUCCUCCGAGUGUUAACGAGAAGCUCAUUGGACGGUCACGGACAGUAGGAGAACUCUUAGCUCCAGCUUCUCCUUUUGAUAAGAAGUGUGGCCGUGAAAACUGGACAGUUGCUUUUGCUCCAGAUGGCUCCUACUUCGCUUGGUCACAAGGCCAUCGCCUAGUAAAGCUUGUUCCCUGGUCUCAGUGCCUUAAGAACUUCUCAUUGCACGGUGUAAAGAACUUUGCCAACUUAAAUCAUUCCAAGCUUUCAAGGCAGAACAGUGAUGGCGACCAGAAAAACAAGCCCUGUGAGCAGGUCAUAGAUUGUGGCGACAUCGUCUGGAGUCUUGCAUUUGGAUCAUCGGUACCUGAGAAACAGAGUCGAUGUGUGAAUAUAGAAUGGCACCGGUUCAGAUUUGGUCAAGACCAGCUUCUGUUAGCAACAGGCUUAGCCAAUGGACGCAUCAAAAUAUGGGAUGCCUAUACAGGGAAGCUCCUCCUUAACUUAAUGGAUCAUACUGAAGUUGUCAGACACUUGACUUUUGCCCCUGAUGGCAGCCUGAUACUAGUAUCGGCCUCAAGAGAUAAAACAUUACGAGUGUGGGACCUAAAGGAUGAUGGAAAUAUGAUGAAAGUAUUAAGAGGACACCCAAACUGGGUGUAUAGCUGUGCUUUUUCUCCUGAUUCUUCCAUCCUCUGCUCUGUGGGAACCAAUAAAACAGUAUUGCUUUGGAAUAUGGAUAAAUACACCCUCAUCCGAAAACUGGAGGGGCAUCAUCACGAUGUUGUAGCCUGUGAGUUUUCCCCUGAUGGAGCCUUGCUGGCUACUGCAUCUUACGACACCCGUGUCUAUAUCUGGGACCCCCAUAUUGGAGCAAUAUUGAUGGAGUUUGGGCAUCUGUUUCCCCCUCCAACUCCAAUAUUUGCUGGAGGAGCCAAUGACCGUUGGGUCAGAUCUCUAUCUUUCAGUCAUGAUGGACUGCAUAUUGCAACACUUGCUGAUGAUAAGCUGGUUCGGUUCUGGAGAAUUGAUGAGGAUUACCCUGUGCAAGUUGCACCUUUAAAGAAUGGACUUUGCUGUGCCUUUUCUACUGAUGGCAGUGUUUUAGCUGCUGGAACACAGGACGGAAGUGUGUAUUUCUGGACCUCUCCCAAACACAUUCCCAGCCUCCAGCAUUUGUGUCGGAUGGCUGUCAGACGGGUGAUGCCUACAAGAAAAGUGGAGACCCUGCCUGUUCCUUCAGCCAUCAUCUCUUUCCUUUCCUACCGGAGUUAGAAAAACAAUCAGGAAUGAAUAAAAGUGCAUCAGGCUUUUUAAAGCCCUUUGAGCUUCAGUGGUCCACAGGUUUUAUACAUGGCUUUAUUUCCUGAGACUAGAUAAUCAAGUUCCCAAAUAUGGACCACUUUGAAUUUGUAAAGGUAUUAUUUAUAGAAAAACAUCAAGAGUAGGUAUGUGUCCCGAAGUUGUGGAAUAGCUUUUUCAAAAGAAAGCUCUUAACUGUGAAACCUUGUACAUAAUUGGAUGUAAGCUGCUAUGUGCUAUCCAUGUAUAUCUUUUGAGAUUGCUUUUUUUAACUAGUGUGUAGUAUGCAUGGACAGACAGGAGUCCAUGUGUAUAUAAGUGUGUGCAUGAGGGUAUAUUCACAGUGUAAAAGCCUCUGAGACUCACCAGUGUUUGCCUCUUUUCCUCCAGAUGUAAGAACCAUUAUACCAACUUGCACAAUACAUCCAGCCCAUACAUUCAUGUGUCUGUUGUCUCCGGAGCCACCAGCAAAAUCGGUGCUGUGUAAAAUAAGACAGUCAUUCUCACGUUAGAUAAACGCUGGCAAGAUCUUGAACAGCUUUUGUCAUGUACAUUAAGUGAGCUAUACAAAGCCGACCCUGCAUUGUUCAUCUUACAAUAAGGAUGGACAACUAUGGCCCCUUUAUGGCCUGUGGACUUCAGUUCCCAGAAUUCCUGAGCCAGCAUAGCUCAGGAACACCAUAGCUGGCUCAGGAAUUCUGGGAAUUGAAGUCCACAGGCCAUAAAGGGGCCAUAGUUGCCCAUCCCUGAUCUUACAAGGUAGAAACGGGGAAUUUUCUUGAAGCCCCCAACACAGGAUGGACAGUUCAUUUAGCAGGGAUAUCUCCUUUCCCAAGGAGGCCUUAAUUUUGCAGCGAAAGUUUCUUUGGGAGCAUGUGAGGUCCUUAAACUUUCGAAUUCCUGCCUGAAGACUUCCAAUAAAUGAGCUAUCCACAAGUUUUCUUUUUCAUUAUCCUGUGAGGCUUUGUCAUAUCAAGGCAAAAUGCUAGGUGAACUACCAAAGACAAACAACCUAGUUUUUCCUAGCUUUUGCCUUCAGUUUAUCAUCUGGACAUGCAGAUACAAAGAAUGUAUGCAUUGCUUAAAAUGCCUGACUAUAUUUUGUUUGAAUUUUUUUGAUAUGUAUAUUAAAUCAUUGUACAAAAAAAAAAUCAGAAUUCAAAGGCUGGUUAUUUACAUGUGGAGAGAAUAAGGAAGGAUUUAGAUAUGUGCAAUUUGUGUUAUAACCAAAGAUAAUUACUUUGAAGGUACCAACCGCCAUUAUGUGUUUUUAAAGGACAAAUGCUAUUUUAGACUGGAUAAGCAGAAAUGUAAUUUCCAAAUCCUAAGGAUUGUGUCAGUGUUCCAAAAGAUGGCUUCUAGGUCUGACAGAUUGAUUCUUCCACUUCUUUCUGUGUCAGUCAAAUGGUAUAUGGCAGUAAUGGCUAACCUUUUUGCCAUCGCGUGCCAGGAGAGGGGGGGGCAGGGGAGGGUCGCAUGCGCGUACCCACACCGAUAAUUCUAUGUGCCCUGCCCUGCGCGUGCAAACCCCACCCCACCCCCUGCUCCUGGCACGCGAUGGCCUGGUAGGCCCAAGAAGAAAUUUGGGGGGGGGGGGGUUCCAGGCAACAGAAAAAUAAAUACUGUAUUUUUCGGAUUAUAAAAUGCACUUUUUUGUCUCCCAAAAGGGGGUGAAAAUGUCUUAUAGACUGAAUAUUUCUGAAGCUCUGCCCGCCCGCCCGCCAGCCAUUGUUUGACCUCCACAUGCCCUGUUUUCGGGCCUAUUUUCAAGGCUCUUUUUGGUGAGUUUUUGAGGCUUUUUUUGGCCUGUUUUUUUUUUUCCGGAAAAAAGGGCCGAAAAAAGCCCCAGAAACAGGCUGAAAAAAGACUGCAAAAGGGCCGAAAAAAGGGAGGCCAAAGCUUUUUCUUUUGUUAUUUUCCUCUUCUAAAUUUAGGUUCGUCUUAUAGUCAAAAAAAUGCGGUAAAGAAGAAAGGAAUUAGGGGGGAAAGUUGUGCCUUGUGCCCUUCUUUCUAUUAAGUAAUUUUCAUCUUAAAUCCAACCUGUCUCAUUUUUAAUCCUGAAAUGAAUUCAUUCUUUAAAAAAAAAUUAGCACAAAAUUCCAUCUAAUUAUUAUUUCUAACUUGACUUGGUUUUUAAUGAUUUCUUGGCUGCCCAGGAUAUCUUCCGGUGAGCAGGGAGCUAUAUAAAUUCAUAAAUCAUAUCAAUUCAUAACAUCCCACAAAAGGUGGCAUACAAAAAGAAUCCACCUCUUGAUCUCAAGAAAGUAGGCUGUGGAAAAAGAUUGAAAUUGCAAAAGACAAAGUUUUUCAUUUGAUCAGUAGGUAAUGCACAAUAUUUCAAUAAGAAUGAAUGACACCCAUCCCCCCCACUGUCUUCAACUGGGAACCGCAGAAUCUUGAGCUUGGCAAUUCCCGUGAGAUUUUGAUAUUCAUCUUCCAUGAAUUCGUAGGAGAGGUAGACAAAGCAACCAGAACUUCUCAUGAAGAGUUUCAGCAAUUAGUUCUUAGUCAGCUAUGUUUACAAGGAUCUGGCCAGACUGCCUGCAUUCCCUUGGGAAUGGCAAGAUACAGCUUCAAGCAAUGACUCUAAACUUGGGCCCUUUUUGACCCCUCCCUCCAAUCUAGCUGGGGAUUCCACCACAUGGGCAACUUGAUGGCAUUCAGAGCUGGAAAAGUGGUACCAAUCUAUAUAUACCCUCCUAGCUUGGAGAAGGAUGGCAUAUAUAGGACGGAAGAAAGAAGAAAUAGAAACCACAAUUUUGUGUAGGUAGGUGAGCCUGCUAAAAAAAUUGGACAGGAGAACGAAAACGAUGGAAAUCUUCCAAGGCUGGAAGGAUGAUUCAAGAAGCUUUUCCUGAAGAAUGAAGGAGGUGGGGAGGCGGAAGGCAGGAAGUGGCUGCUUUGUGGUCAGGGACUUGGUUCUUCCUGCCCUCAGUAACAGGAUCCUCGCCUCCCAUAAUAACAGAUGGAAAUCAGAAAUCCCCAGAAGUGUGUAUGUACACAAACUGGGCCCAUAAAUUAGUAGCUGUAUUGCAUAUUUGUGAAUUACGGUGGUUCUGCUUUCUUUGCAAAAAAAAGCUUUUGUCUAGGAUUUAACGUCCAAUAAAUGUUUGCUUAAUGCAAUUCUCUGUCAAUGAUUAAUAAAGUAUUGUGGUUUAAUA